AUGGCGGAGUUGGACAUCGGGCGACACUGUCAGGUGGAGCAUUGCAGGCAACGAGAUUUUCUUCCAUUUGUAUGUGAUGGUUGCUCAGGAAUAUUUUGCCUUGAACACAGAAGCAGAGAGUCACAUGGCUGUUCUGAGGUGAAAAUAAUUAAUGAGAGACUGAAGACAGAUACACAUGUACCUUACCCAUGCUCAUUCAAGGACUGUACUGAAAAAGAGCUUGUGCCAGUUACGUGUCCUCACUGUGAGAAGAAUUUUUGCCUGAGACACCGUCAUCAGUCAGAUCAUGAAUGUGAAAAACUGGAGCUCUCUAAGCCUCGUAUGGCUGCCACUCAGAAACUUGUUAAGGACAUUAUUGAUUCCAAGACAAGAGAGACAGUAAGUAAACGACGAAAAGGGGCAAAAAAUAGUGAAACCGCUGCCAAGGUUGCACUGAUGAAAUUAAAGCUGCAUGCUCAUGGGGAUAAGUCAUUGCCACAGACAGAAAGAAUUUACUUUCAGGUUUUCUUACCUAAGGGGAGCAAGGAGAAGAGCAAACCAAUGUUUUUUUGCCACCGAUGGAGCAUUGGGAAAGUCAUAGACUUUGCAGCUUCUUUAGCCUGCCUGAAAAAUGACAAUAACAAAUCAACAGCUAAGAAAUUAAGGUUAUGUCACAUUACUUCAGGAGAAGCCUUACCUUUGGAAAAUAUUUUGGAAACAUGGAUUGCUAAGGAGGAUUGUCCUUUAUAUAAUGGCGGAAAUAUUAUUUUGGAAUAUCUUAAUGAUGAAGAACAAUUUUUAAAAAAUACUGAUUCUUACUUGGAAUAG